AUGCGCGCGGGCGGCUUAAGGGGCGCACAGGCUCGAGGGCCUGCAGGCGGCAACAAUGAUGGCGACUUCGUCGCCACCCCUGCUGCCGCCGCCGCAGAUCCGAGCGGAUCUCGCGCGCCCCCCAAGCGCAGGGCGACAGAUUCUGCUGCGUCAGACGGGGCGGCAGCGAAUCUCUCGCCCUCUCAACUUGCGGCACUGCUGGCGCUUCUUCAAAAGCAGGCCGCGGCCCCUGCUGUAACGACGCCUGCAGCUACAAUCGAAGCGGAUAUUUCCGCAUCCGCUAAAACUGCAAAUGUGCGCAACAACAUCUCUACAUCCGCUCGUGUUGCCGCUCCCACCCGCGCCGACAAAGGAAAGGCGCCUGCUGUCGAAGAAGAGCCGGCCGCCCCUGUCGACAUCGAUUCCGACUCUGACAGCGACGAGGGUGAGGAGCCAAAUAAUCCUUCUCCACAUUUGUCUAACGAUCUCCUUCCCCCUCUCCCCUCUCCUCAUCCUUCGACCGCGGCCGCCGCCUUCAACCGCAAGGGCGUUCGUGACCAGGCGGAAGUAUUCGAAGCGCUCCAGACUUACCUCGCGCACGUGGAGCACAAAAUCCGCGGUGGGGACGCGACCGGCGCACUCAAAACCGUUGCCCAAGCUCAAGAUCUCAUCAAGCGCCGCUUCGACGUGUUGGUCGUCGCCGACCACGCGGGCUUCGACGUGGCUGAACGUUACCAGCUGCUGAAGACUACAGCGGUGCUGACGUCGCGCUCUUUCAAAAUGGCGGUGGCGGAUAUGGCGGCGCUCAAGCGCAUGAAGACUGGAUCCCCCCGCGGGAACCGUUCUUUCUCUCGUGAGCCCGCCGCAUUCAUGCCGAAGAGCAUGGGAGGAGGAAGUGGCUGCCGGGGCUUCAAAGGCACCUGCUUGCGCUGUGGCCAGCACGGCCACAUGGCAAUCGCGUGCCCCCAUGGAGGCCAUGGGGGCAAUGGGCCCGCACCGGUGGUGUGA